AUGAGUAGCGAAUCCUUGGAUCCUAAAAAUGUGGGCAUAGCCAUGGACCUAAUAGUCUUGUCCAUGCUAAACGAAAAAGUUAGGAAGGUUUGUUUUAAGAAAUGUUUUGGAACAAAAUUUGGCGAACAACUUAAUAAAUCUGAACAAUUAUGCUUAGCUAAAUGCAUGGAUCGGUUUUAUGAAGCACAUAGUAUUGUAUCUCAGGCCAGUUCUGAAGCAACACAAAAUUUUAGCAUUUUGAAAUAA